CACCCGCACUUAUUAUAACAUAUUUCAUUUUUCGUCACACUCUAUUUUUGUGCGAGACUUUCUAGCUGGUUCACUAGAAGCUGCGAGGCUUUAUACUGCGCCCGGAAGAGUGACUCUCUUCAGGUAUCUGCAGUCCGUCGUACGAAGCAUAAGUCACCAUGGAGGAAGAUGAGCAAAAGAUGGCCGUGAUGCGCAAAGCAUUCCAAAUGUUCGACACCACCAAGAGCGGCUUCAUUGACACCCUCAAAAUCUCAACCAUCCUGAACACGAUGGGUCAGCUCUUCGACGACGCGGACCUCAACGCCUUGAUCGCAGAGAAUGACCCCGAAGGUGUCGGUAAGGUAAACUUCGACGGCUUCUGCAAAAUUGCUGGACGAUUCCUCGAGGAGGAGGACGCUGAGGCUAUGCAGGAGGAACUCAAGGAAGCCUUCCGUCUCUAUGAUCGCGAGGGUAACGGUUAUAUUACCACUGCUACCCUAAAGGAGAUCUUGGCCGCUCUUGAUGAUAAACUUACCAACCGUGACCUGGACGGUAUCAUCGCUGAGAUUGAUACUGACGGUUCCGGUACCGUGGACUUUGAUGAGUUCAUGGAAAUGAUGACUGGAGAAUAAUCAUCUGAUGGCUGCUUCGCAAUCAUUAACAGCGAGACGUGGGAAUAUUCGAUCUGGGCGACAAUGAAACCCAGAAAAUACCAGCGCAGGUCGUAGGCGUUAUGGCAAAGCAUCGUCGUAGCCAUCGUCAACUGUACAACUAUAAAUAAAAUGUAUAUUUAUCUAAUAACGUUUCAUAGCAUCUUCAUUCAUAUACUUUGUAUAAUGGUAAAACUGUACAGAGGACAACAAAUAAUUCCAGCAAGAC